AUGAGUGAACAACAAUGGCAGGAAGAAAUAGCGUACCAUGACAAACCAACAUCAUUACUGGAGCGAAAAGAGUUAAUCGAGUGGGUGAAUAACCUUGAGAUUCCAGAAUGUAAGCAAGCAAACUCCUCAUUAUCCUUCAAGAAUGGAGUCCUGUUCUGUCUGAUAGCAGAUUUUAUAAAGGGUGGAGGCAAUGCAAAUAAUUUCCUAAGCUCUGUAAUUAUGGAUACAAAUGAUGACAACGCAUCUAUAUACAACAUCACACUAGCGUGCAGAGAAAUAGCAGAAAUUUGGGAGGAUUUCAACCUCAACCCUGAACUCGUAUAUUGAGAUGACGAAGAAGUCUUUCGCUUUUUAAAGAUACUCAGAGACCUUAACUUCAUUGUCCAAAAUGAUACUGCUGAAAUAGAGCGGAUGAAUAGAAACUCCUACGGUGGACCUGUGGAAUUAAGUGAAGAGAGUCAGAGAGAAUCCGAUAAUUUUGAGAUGAAUGAUAUUCAACAAAAUCAACCCAUUGACGCUUGAGAGGAGUUUAGAGUUAUAAACCAAGAGAAUUUAAAGCAUAAAGAAGAGAGUUCAAAUAAUUAUGAUUCACUUAAUGAAGCCAAGGAUGAUGAAAUUAAUGAUAUAAGGGAAAUAGAGGAGGAGCUUAAGCGGAAUAAUAUGGCUGCUAGCAAUUCUAAUUUCUUCAAUUCAAAUCUAGAAGAGCCAAGCCCAGGUAAUGAAGAAAUCUAUGGAUGAUAUCAUAAUAAUAUGAUAAAUCCAGGAACCAAUAAUCAGCCACCUCCUUUACCCAGGAUGGGAAUAAUGCAAUCGAGGAGCCAUCAGAAUUUUAAAAUAUCUGAUCCUACAAAAUUCAUUAAUGACUCAAAUAUGCCUGUUCCUUUGCGUGAUUCGAUGGCGAGUUCGACCCCUAAGGACUAUAACUUCGCUCUCCAUGACCAAAUUAGCAUGUUUAGUAGUCAAGAUAGAGGAAAUACUUAUCAAGCACCAAACCAGAUGAAUAUAUCAGACAUUGUGGAAUACAACAGAGAUCCUGUGAGCUAUCCCAGACAACCUUAUUUCGUAGAUACUUUGGAGAGAGACAACUCUCAGUGCAUGAGUGGUCAUAAAGCUCCUACAGUUUAUACAGAACCUCCUGCUCCAAAUUAUCAUUCCUUUAAUCCAGAGGCUUCAAAGACAGAGGCUGGUGAGACAAACGCUGAGACUAAUAAUGACCCUAACAAUCCCUUUGGUCAUGAUAGAAAGAAUCUAUUUAGUAUUGAAGAUCUCAAUUCUAAGGAAGAUAGACCUCUUAAAGAGAUAAAGGUUCAGGCUUUAUCUCAAAGAGAAGAUUCUGGCAGUCGGAAGAGACAUAAGGUCAAGCCUUCUGAUCUCCCAAUGACCACUUAUAAAGCUCAAAAGCAUAAGAAAUUGAUUGAAGAGGGAGAUAGGUAUAAUACAGACUUAAUCUCAGCAGAUUCUCCAAUGAGGCACAUGUUUGAGAGCAAGAGAAAGCCCUCUCGCAGGAACUCCAAGAGUAGGAAAGAAAUAAUAGAAGAAUUCAACUUCUUUGACUUACACUUAGACCACCAUACCCAAGUUACUCUCCCAAUGCUAGACUUAGUAUGGAGAAGAGAAGAUGGAACUAGAAGGAAAAUAAUAGAACCAUCCAGACCUGAAGAUCAAAUUAUAGACGAGAUUGAGCCACCGAAAGUUCACCAGAGCAAGAAUGACGCUUUGAGUAAGAACAUGAAUCAUACUGUGAGUACUCAGAGAAGAUCAAGGCCAAAAAGAAAUAAGCCUUUGAGAACAGAAAGGAAUAAUUCCCACCGCCCCCAGAGAAGAAGUCUUUUGAGGCCAACCCCUGUUAAGAACAACAAAAUUGUAAAGGAUGCAGGGGAAUCUGAAGAAGAUAUUAUCAGUGAAAUGAGAAGUCUUACUGUCAGGCCUGCAGAUAGAGAUUUAGAGGAGAAUCAGAUGCUGAAGACACAGAAUACACAGAAAACACAAAAUACUGCAAGAAUUAGGUCAAGGGAGAUUCAGGAUGAUGUCCAAGUUGACCAAGUUAAUCCAAAAUCGAAAAUCAAGUUGUUGAAAUGGCUUGAAAGCAUCAAUCUUAUCAGGAAAAACGCGGUAGCAAUCCAGGAGUUUCCCCAGUUCUGAAGAAACGGAGUUAUCUUCUUUGAUUUGGUUAACAAGCUAAGCGGGAGAAAUCAGGUAUUAAAAGGAGUUCAUAGAAAUCCUAAGAAUGUAUCUAGUAUCAAUGCUAAUUAUGCCAAAGUAUUGGGCUAUCUCAGAGAGUUCCCAAAAAUGAACUCAAGAUAUCUCUGGUCUGAGAACCUAAUGAUGGAAGGAAACAAUGAUGUCAUUUGGGGUUUCAUUGAGGAUAUAUGGUACUGGAAGCAAAACAAAAUUUCCCCAUCCGAUCAGUCAAAAAGGAACAAAAGAAAUGAUAUUAAUUCCUGAUUGAAAUCUGACAAUGUAAACUCAAGCUUCAGAUCUGCAAGUUAUGGGGUAAAGAAUUAUGAGUCCAAUGAAGAGGAAAGGACUAUAAGAAUUUAUAAUGAACAAGACCCAGUUAUGAAUAAUGAAUAUGAUGAGAGAUCCAGGAAGGUUUCUCCUGAGACCAACACAGCUUUUGACCACGAAGACAUUGGAGCAUAUGAAUCUUCAACUAAAAGAGAUGUGAGACAUAACAACAUUCCAAAAGCUCAGAACAAUAUUUCCAAUAUUAGUUUCAGUCAUGAUAGGUUUAGGAGAAAUUCCUAUAGCUCUGCUAAAAAGAAGAAGGAUUUAAGCAGGAAUUCAGCUUCGAAAAAGGGAUAUAGUUCAUCUAAAAACUCAUUAAAGAACUUGUAUAUAGUAAAUAGUUCUAAGCAGAGUCCUACUUUCAGACCGAAUCAUCAGAGUACUUCCUCAUUGAAGAGGAGCAAGAGAACAAAGAAGUCAAUGAAGCCUCCUAGGAAGAAGAACUCGAAUAUGAUUGGGAAGAGCAAGGAUGGUUACCCAAUCUAUUCUAGAUUUGCGCUUGCCAACAUGACUCUUGACUACUCAAAUGAUAGUAAAAUCAAAUAUCAAUGCAAAAGGAUCAGUAAAGCUGAGGAAGAGAAAACAAAGCAAUGGCUGAGGAGAAUUAACUUCCAUUCUUAUAUCCCAGAUGGCACCAAGGACUUACUAGAUGACCCUGUCAGGAAUGGAAUUCUUUUCUGUGAGCUUUUAUGAUUCCUCGAGAACAUCAAGCUUUUCAGCAUCUGAUUUUCACCUAAAACAAUGAAAGAUUGAAGAGAUAAUAUUGACCAAGCAUUUGCUAUUUGAGAACAAAUCGAGCAUUUGAAGGAGAGAAUUCCACAAAAUUUCUUAGCUAAUCGUGAAAUGGUUCUUAAAGGAGACCAUGCAAAUAUUUGGGGUCUUUUGGACUGCCUUAGAAACUUAUACCCAGAUAUAUUGCCUCGGGAGCAUCUAGCUUACCUUGAAAACACCCUUCCAUACCUCCCAAAAGAGUUAGUUGCCUUGGAAGCGUCACUUUUGAACUGGAUACAUAGUUGUGGAGCCUUGAAGAGCUAUAAAGUGCCUCCUACCAGCUUACUCGAAAUUGAAGAAGAUCUGAAGAAUGGAACAUUGUAUUGAAGAUUAGUUCAAUUUAUAUUCAACAUAAAACUACCUGGAGUUUUUGCAGAUCCAAAGAGCGAGAGCACCAAAAUCAGUAACUUAAGGAAGGCAUUAGAAGUGCUCAAGAAAGAAAAGAGUAUGUCCCAAAAAUACACUUGGUCUGAAAGAGAAAUCUCUAAAGGAAGUAGAGAGCACAUGAUCGGCCUGCUCGAAGAUAUGCAUAUCCUGUUUGAUGGAUACCCACCAAGGCAGACAGGCCGAAAGUAUUUUGAAAAUGGACCUCAUCUUGGCAAGGUUUAUAACCAAAUGAAUCGAAAGCCUUUCUAUUACCAUGAAGAGAAGAAUGAUACUUUUGACCUUGACCUUGAAUCACACCCUGAUCAGGGUGAACAGAAGGAAAUCAUUAAAGACUUUUUGGGAGAGGCGAGAAAGAAGAAAAUUCUAGAAAAGAAACAAAUGAAUAAGACUAAUGAUCUCCUUGCAGGUACUGAAGGGUCAGAGAGAAAUUUAAGAAUGAAUACAAGCAGAGAAGAAGAGAAAGGAAUUAAUACAGAGAGACCUCAUAGAAAGCAUGAGCAAGUACCAUCAAUACUGAUUAACCAAAAAGGGCAAAAUCUUGGCAGUCCAGUAAUGAAGAUAAAAGAAAGAAACCAUAAUUUUAAAGUCUCACCGAUCCGAAAUGAAAGAGAAGACAUGAGUACUUUUAUAGAUAAUGAAAUUGCAUUAUCUGAUGAGAAAACUUACCACGCCCAUAAAAAUAGCCAUUCUCAUAACAACCAAAUGAGCUCUAAACAUGUCAGCAAUCUCUGCUCGCCUGAAUCCCACACUUUCUUGCCCAAUAAGAGAAUCACUGAAGAGUCAAUGGACUACACAGAAAAAUCCAGGAGCGAGGAACUUGAAGAGCUUGGAGACAUUACAAAGAGAGCUCACCAGGACUACAUGGAUCAGAAGAACAAGUACAACGCAUUCAGGAAGAACCCAUUUUCAAUCGAUACGACCAAAACAGACAUCGAUCCAUUCAAAGAAUUCAUCGACAGGCACAAAAACAAACUAACCUCCAGAGGAGAGAAGAGUAUUUUCCAAAAGAUGUACAGUGACUACUAAACUACCUCAAUCACAAUUUCAGUCUUAAUUUC